AUGUUAGCCGGUCAUGAGGAGGGGGAUGAUGCCACUUUACGGCACGUAGUUCACGAAAAAUCUAGAAACCAUUUACCCGCAGAGAUACGAAAAGGUGCAACAGACGGAGCAAACACUUCACCUGGAAGUUCCUGGUUCGAAACACAAUCCUUGCGGAAACAACUUCUGAAGAAAGAGUGCGACUUGAACCCGUCAUUAAAAUCGGACCUUACCAAUGUUAUACACAACCAGAAAGGGCUACUCCGAUACUACAUUGUUGAUGAUACGUACAAGAUGAUGUACUGCAGCAUCUGUAAGGUGGCUUCUACUCAUUGGAAAAGUGUUUUUCUCGUCCUGAAUGGAAAAUUCAAAAGUGUGGAUGAAGUACCAAUUCAAACUGUCCAUACUGAUCCCAGUUUGAAGACACUUAACCAAUACAGUCCCGCGGAAAUAGAGUAUCGUCUGCGCAAUUAUACCACGUUUAUCUUCGUUCGGGAUCCCCUUUCUCGGGUUUUAUCGGCAUACAGAAACAAACUUGAGGAGAAAAAUACUUAUUACCAACCUCGUGUCGGGAGCAGGAUCCUCAAGAUGUACCGGAAAAACCCGACCUCGUUGGAACUUGCAUCUGGAGUAGGCGUCACGUUUGAGGAAUUCCUACGGUUUAUUACAGAAAGAAAGGAAGGGGGUAACGUGGAUCAUCAUUGGAGGCCUAGCUAUCAAAUGAUUUUUCCAUGUAACAUUCGGUAUGAUUAUAUCGGUAAAUUGGAGAGUGGAAAAGAAGACUCGGAAAACAUCUUAAGACUCUUGAAGAUCGACCAACGCGGACGCUUCAUGGAGUCAACGAAGAACAAGAGUCACACUGAGAAAACAUUGUUUGAUAAGUAUUACAAAAAUAUUAAACAGGAAUAUAUUACAAAAUUGUACGAGAUAUAUGCUCCAGAUUUCAAACUAUUUGGUUAUUCCAUGGAUACAAAUUUAACGCAACGAAAAAUUCUUGCCAAUUGA